AUGUCUGCAAGAGUGGCCUCCGUACGGGGUGGCAAUCAGAACAAAUCUGUGCCUGCUGGCGUACCGAACCAAACGCUAUAUUGUACCAACCUCCCAGACAAACUCCGGAAGUAUGACUUACGGUUAUCGCUCUAUACUCUUUUCUCCACCUACGGUACUGUCUUGGACGUCGUGGCCUUGAAAACUGAGAAAAUGCGCGGUCAAGCGCAUAUUGUGUUCAAGGAUGUCCAGGCUAGCACACAAGCUAUGCGCGCGUUACAGGGCUUCGAAUUCUUCGGGAGAGAAAUGGUAGGUGCUUUCGGGUUCAACGGACUUGCCACUGGUCUUAACACGGUGUAUUUUCAGAAAAUUGUCUAUGCCAAGGGCACGUCGGAUGUGAUCGCCAGGCUACGAGGGACCUACAACGUCCCCACAACUACUGCUACCCAAGCUACAGGUGCUUCCACAGAUCUCCAGAAAUCGAUCUUCAGCGGUCCGCCUGGAUCCACAGCACUGCCCCCGAAACCCGCGGGGCAGAUCAACGGCGAGGCCCAGGCAGCUCAUGGAACUAAGCGCCCUCGUGAGGAAGAAAGUGAUGAGGAAGAGGCACCGAUGGACGAGGACAGUGACGUGCCAAUGGAAGCCUCGUCAGAUGAAGAUUAA